GGGCUGUCCCUAGGUGAGCGACUCUGCAGCCUGGAGGAGGGCGUGGCGGGCAGCGGGACCUACACCCGGCACGGCUACGUGUGCGCGGCGCUGGCCGGCUGCCUGGCGAAGACAAGUGAGGACGGAGCGCUGCCGGUGGUGUCUGUGGUGAGAGAUGCCGAGUCCCAGCUCCUGCCCGACGUAGGGGCCAUCGUGACGUGCAAGGUGUGCAGCAUUAACUCCCGCUUUGCCAAGGUGCACAUCCUGUACAUUGGCUCCACGCCACUGAAAUCCACCUUCCGAGGCACCAUACGGAGAGAAGACAUUCGAGCCACAGAGAAAGACAAGGUGGAAGUUUACAAGAGUUUCCGGCCUGGGGACAUAGUCCUGGCCAAAGUGAUCUCCCUGGGGGACAUGCAGUCUAACUACGUGCUGAGCACAGCGGAGAAUGAGCUGGGUGUGGUGGUGGCUCACAGCGAAGCAGGGGCACAGAUGGUGCCGAUCAGCUGGUGUGAGAUGCAAUGCCCCAGGACGCACUCCAAGGAGCUCCGCAAAGUGGCCCGCGUGCAGCCGGAAUUCCUGCAGACCUAGCUGGCCAGCCUGUGCCCCGUCCCUGCUGCAGGCAGACAGGCAGCCAGCCUGCGCCUCUGUUGUCAUCCCUUAACCAGAGCAACCCCUGCAGGCCAGUGAGCUGGGACUUGACCUGCCCCAGGGCAGGGGGCCUGUGCGUGCAGCCAGCACCUCCUGGAGCAUCCACUGGAUUUUGGAUUGUAUUAAGGCUAGUGGGGGGGGGGUAGGGUCCCCUGUGCCCUUCUGCAAGGGAUAGCCCCUGCCAGGGCCCUGCUCCCAAUUUGGUUUUUAAACUGCUGUGCCCUGAAUAAAUAUAUUCCUGAAGGGC